ACUCACCUCUGCUUCUUCUUCACUGUACAUGAUCACCAUCACCAUCACCGUCACCAUCACCUUUACCUCCAUCAAGCAAUCAUGGAUUUCGUUCACACUCUCCUGAAUUUACUCGCUUCAAUGGCAACUAUCGGUGCCUUAUUCUUCCUCACACCACUCUAUACUUUUCUCAAAGCUUUCUGCUACAUAUAUACUUCCAUUUCCAAAGAAGACGUCGCCGGAAAAGUCGUCUUGAUUGUUGGAGCAUCUUCCGGUAUCGGCGAGCAUGUGGCGUAUGAGUACGCCACAAGAGGUGCAUGUUUAGUUCUGGCAGCUAGAAGAGAGAAGAGCCUCGGUGAAGUUGCCGAAACCGCUCGAUCACUCGGUGCGCCGGAAGCGAUCACCAUUCCGGCUGAUGUUUCCAAUAUUGAUGACUGUAAGCGACUAAUCAAAGAAACUAUCAAUCAUUUUGGACAAUUGAAUCAUUUGGUGAAUUGUGCUGGGGUGACUCCAAUGAGCAUGCUAGAAGAGAUCACAGAUAUUACUAGCAUCACUCCAGUCAUGGACAUUAACUUCUGGGGCUAUGUCUAUAUGACAUAUCUUUCAAUUCCACAUUUGAGAAGGAGCAAAGGGAAAAUUGUAGUCAUUGCUUCAUCUGCUUCAUGGAUACCUGCACCAAGAAUGAGCUUAUAUAAUGCAAGCAAAGCAGCUGUUGUAAGCUUCUACGAGUCAUUGAGGAUGGAACUUGGUUCCGAAGUUGGAAUCACAAUCGUGACUCCAGGGUUAACCGAAUCAGAAAUCACUCAAGGCAAAAUCAUGAAUAAAGACGGUCAGAUGGUUGUUGAUCAAGAUUUGAGAGACGCGGAAAUGAGCAUUAUGCCAAUAGAGAUGGCUGCAGCUACUGCUCGGGGUAUUGUGGAGGGUGCUUGCCGAGGAGAUGUUUACUUGGCGGUACCAUGGUGGGUCCAGACGACGGUGUAUUGGGUGGCGUUUUUCCCAGAGUUGGUUGAGUGGGUGAACCGCUGGUUCUUGUAUGUGGAGCCUGGGGCCUCACCGUUGGAUGCACCUAGCAAGAAGCUAUUGGAUGUGCCUGGACUGAGGCAUGUCUCGCAGCCAUCUUCUGUGUGGUCUUCUGAGUUGAAGGAAUGAUUACAUGUACUCAUUGAUGUUAAGUUUUUGUGGUUGUCGUGUGUGGGUCGAUAUUGUAUUAUACAAUGCCAGGGAGGAAGCUUAUAUGUCAAGACUAAAUGAUAUUAAUUAAAACCCUUAAUUGUCUUGUGUAGGUUCGUUGCUAGAUCCAUAAUAUUAUGUUCCCGUUUCUGUUUAGAAUUUCCAAUGGUUGGAUCUUUCCAUAUAGUGUGGUUUUUGUUUUUUCGCCUUAGCUUAAGUAAAUCCGACUUGUUUUAAUCUUGAUAGCCAAUAUUCAUGGUCUCGUGUGACAGAGGCGUGAAUCUGUUGUGGA